AUUUUUCACACUUAAUUAGCUUAGCUUGCACAAAAAUGGCCUCCGGAAAUGUUGAAAAGUUAGAGCUUAGUUUCAGUGCUGUUCCUGACAAACCAAAGAAAGAUUGGGUCCUCUUGUCUCUAAGGGUUCUUGCAUUUUUGGCCACAGCUUCAGCUACACUUGUUAUGGCACUCAACAAACAAACCAAAAACUUUGUUGUUGCCACCAUUGGUACCACCCCUAUAACAGUGUCUAUUACUGCAAAGUUUCACCACACCCCUGCUUUUAUAUUCUUUGUGAUAGCCAAUGGAGUUGCAAGUCUUCAUAACUUGGUCAUGAUAGGAGUGGACAUAUUAGGACCCCGAUUUGAUUAUAAAGGACUCCGAUUUGUAUUAAUUGCAAUAUUGGACAUGAUGAAUUUGGUUCUAGCAUCAGCUGGAGAUGGAGCAGCAACAUUCAUGUCAGAAUUGGGAAGGAAUGGGAACACACAUGCAAGGUGGGAUAAAAUAUGUGAUAAGUUUGAAUCAUAUUGCAACAGAGGUGGUGCUGCACUCAUUGCUUCUUUCAUUGCCAUCAUUCUUCUCCUCAUUACCACAGUUAUGUCCAUCUCCAAGCUAAAGCCUAAGAACUAAUGUUACUUCUUCAUAUAUGCUCUGGCCUAAGAAUACUUCAUCAUACACAAAAUGUUCUUCUGUAUUAUUUUUCUUUUCUUCUUUUUUUUUUUCUCUCUUAUCUUCCUACUUUGUUUGAGUGUCACAAGGUUUGAUAUAUGUGAUUUAGUUAAUUCAAGACCACAAAUAAAUAUGUAGAUUGAAUGGAACUUGAAUUUGUGUUUGUAUAGUAGUUUGUACUUUGUAUUACUAGCUUAUGUCUCAUUUCAAGUAUAUGCAUGUAAUAUGUGGGUGUAUUUAUAUAAAUACUUCUACUUAGCUUA